AUCUCUCUGUCUCUCUCUGACUCUGUAACUCUGUCUGUCUCAACUCGCCGACUUCCCAUCCCAAAGCGCGAUAUCAACGCCAGGCUCCACGACUCGAACCAUGACUUGCUACCUGCUGGGUCUGCUCCUCGUGGCGAUGAUGUUCGUGAGCGGAGGGCAAAGCCUCAAAUGCUUCGAGUGCAGCCCGACCAUCAACAAAACGGCGUGCAACGAGCGCGGCCCCAUCACGUGUUUCGACGCCUCGCUCGACACCUGCGGGACAAUUCUCCUCUACAAGGGCUCCUCCUACGUCCUCCUCAAGCAAUGCCUCCCCAAGACCUUUUGCGACACCGUCAAAGUUUUCGACGGCACCUACAGCGGAGUCACGCUGACCACCACGUGCUGCCAGAGUGACGGUUGCAACGUCAACGCCGCCCCUCGACCUCUGGGCGCAGCUCACGUGACCCUGGCCCUGCUGGGCGUGGCCUCCAGCGUCGUGGUCAGCAGGGCUCUGGUGUAGGUCGUGACGUCACAGCCGCACCCCCCCCACCCACGACUCAUCACACAGAGACCCAUAGACUCACCACGCAGAGACCCAUAGACUCACCACGCAGAGACCCACAGACUCACCGCGCAGAGAUAGACUCACUACACAGAGACCCAUAGACUAACCACGCAGAGAUAGACUCACUACACAGAAAACCAUAGACUCAUCACGCAGAGACCCAUGUACUUAUCACACAGGACCCCAUAGACUCAUCACACAGAGUCCCAUAGACUCACCACACAUACACCCAUAGACUCACCACACAGAUACACGUAGACUCAUCACACAAAAACCCAUAGACUCACCACACAGAGACGCAUUGACUCACCACACAGAGUCUCGUAGAGUCACCACACAGGGACCCAUAGACUCAUCACACAGAGACUCAUAAACUCACCACACAGAGACCUGUAGACUCAUCACACAGAAACCCAUAGACUCAACACACAGAGACCCAUAGACUCAUCACACAGAGACACGUAGACUCAUCACACAAAAACCCAUAGACUCACCACACAGACUCAUCACACAGAGACCCAUUGACUCAUCACACAGAGACGCAUUGACUCACCACACAGAGUCUCGUAGAGUCACCACACAGGGACCCAUAGACUCAUCACACAGAGACUCAUAAACUCACCACACAGAGACCUGUAGACUCAUCACACAGAAACCCAUAGACUCAACACACAGAGACCCAUAGACUCAUCACACAGAGACACGUAGACUCAUCACACAGAAACCCAUAGACUCACCACACAGACUCCUCACACAGAGACCCAUUGACUCAUCACACAGAGACGCAUUGAUUCACCACACAGAGUCUCGUAGAGUCACCACACAGGGACCCAUAGACUCAACACACAGAGACCCAUAGACUUAUCACACAGAGACACGUAGACUCAUCACACAAAAACCCAUAGACUCAACACACAGAGACCCAUAGACUUAUCACACAGAGACACGUAGACUCAUCACACAGAAACCCAUAGACUCAC